GAAAUUUUGUAUUGAUCAGUGCAGUGGUAGCAUUACUGGGUCAGUAUCAUCCAUUGGUAAUGUUAAUUAGUCGGUGUUCUCCUGGUGUUAUUGCUAGUUGGACAGUAACACAGUACGCAAUACUACUAAAUAUGAUAAACAAGCGAUUUGAAUCUAUCAAUUUGGGUAUUUUGAAAAUGGGCGGCAAUAUUAGAAGCGGUGGAACUCAAUCGCAAACAUUAUCCGUCACAAAAUUAUCGCUAUUACGUGAAUUAGUACUUUAUGACAUAGAUAAUAUUAAAUAUGCUUACGUAGAACUGUGUGAAAUUUGUCAAGAUAUUGGAGAUUUCUAUGGGUUGUCUAUUUUGAUUGUCAUACUUCACUUUGGUUUUCAAAGUAUAUUCGUUUUGUAUUUUGCUAUCUCGUCGCUAAUCCAAGGACACGAACACAGCAUGACAAUGCAUCUGUUUAAUGGAGUGCGUUUGUCAUUAUCAACCUUUUUAUUCACUGUAUUGACAUCUAGUGUUACGAACACAAUAAAGGAGAGUAAAAAAAUUUCAAAUAUCAUAAAUUUGCUUAUGGAUCGAUGCCCAAUGGACCAAAAAAUUAAAGAACAACUGUUCAGAUUUUCGCAUCACCUCUUGCAUUUGAAAGUUGAAUUUUCCGCUUGUGAUAUUGUGCCACUAGAUCGUACCUUCCUAGCAAUCAUUGUCGGAACGAUUGCAACUUAUCUAAUUAUAAUUUUGCAAUUUCGUAUAAGUGCAUCUAAUUAGCAAACAAAAUAUUGUUUAUUUAUUUCUACGCCAAAUUUCAGCCAGAGUAAUUUUCUUUAAUGCUAAGUACAC